AUGGAUGCGUGGCGUCGUCUCACCAACAGGGAAGCUCCCAGACAAGCGGACACGUCGUCGAGAUGCGUCGCAGAGAGCGCGUCCGUGUCGCACGACUUCGUGCUGGUAAACUACUCGCAGAUCAGGGACCUUCCCGUGAACGAGGCCGUGACCUCCGGUCACUUCACCGUCGGCGGCCACGAUUGGUUUAUCAGCUUCUACCCUGGUGGGUGGUCGACCUCGACCUCGAGGUAUAGUCAACGUGAAAAGGAGUGCCCGGGCUACGCAGCGGCGUCUGAUUUGUGCGCAGAUCCAAGCUUACAUCGCGGCGGUACCUCGUCGACGACUGCCUCACAAUCAGGUGCGUCGUCACCGUCAUCAAUCCUCCGCACGGAGCGCACGACGGCCGGCCCGGCAGCCGCCGCUCCGCUGCCGGAGAUGCUCGGCCACCUCCAGCGCAUGCUCGAAGAUGGCAAGGACGCGGACGUGACCAUCGACGUAGGCGGCCGGGCGUUCCGCGCGCACCGGUGCGUGGUCGCCGCGCGGUCGCCGGUCUUCGACGCCGAGCUCUUCGGCCCUAUGAAGCGCAAGGACGCGGCGGAGCACGUCGAGGUACACGACAUGGAGCCGGAGGUCUUCGAGCUGCUCCUGCGCUUCAUCUACACGGACUCGCUGCCGGGCGACGGCGAGGACUGCCGUGUCGCGAUGACGCAGCACCUGCUGGUCGCGGCAGAUCGGUACGGGGUGGACAAGCUCAAGCAGGCGUGCGACGUGAAGCUGCGCACAAGAUUAAUUUCUUAUUAG